AUGUCGCAGGAAUUCAACGAAAUCGACGCUAACACCAUCGAGACCAACUAUGACAAUGUUGUCUACUCGUUCGAUGACUUGAACUUGAAGCCAAAUAUCGUUAGAGGUAUUUUCGGUUACGGUUACGAAUCGCCAUCCGCUAUUCAACAAAGAGCUAUUUUGCCCAUCACCGAGGGACGUGAUGUGUUGGCUCAAGCUCAAUCCGGUACCGGUAAGACCGCCACCUUCACCAUCUCUGCUUUGCAAAGAAUUGACGAGAACUUGAAGGCUACCCAAGCUUUGAUCUUGGCUCCAACCAGAGAAUUGGCUUUGCAAAUUCAAAACGUUAUCACCCACAUUGGUUUAUACUUGAACGUUACCGUUCAUGCUUCCAUUGGUGGUACCUCCAUGAAGGAUGAUAUCGAGGCCUUCAAGUCCGGUGUUCAAAUUGUUGUUGGUACUCCUGGUAGAGUUUUCGACAUGAUUGAACGUCGUUUCUUCAGAACUGACAAGGUUAAGAUGUUCAUCAUGGAUGAAGCCGAUGAGAUGUUGUCGUCCGGUUUCAAGGAGCAGAUCUACAAUAUCUUCCGUUUGUUGCCAGAAACCACUCAAGUUGUGUUGUUGUCUGCCACCAUGCCUCAAGAUGUGUUGGAAGUUACUACCAAGUUUAUGAACAACCCUGUUAGAAUCUUGGUCAAGAAGGAUGAAUUGACUUUGGAAGGUAUCAAGCAAUUCUACAUUAACGUUGAACAAGAAGACUUCAAGUUUGACUGUUUGUGUGACUUGUACGACUCCAUCUCCGUUACCCAAGCUGUUAUUUUCUGUAACACCAGAUCCAAGGUUGAAUUCUUGACCACCAAGUUGAAGGCUGAGAACUUUACCGUUUCUGCCAUUCACGCCGACCUUCCUCAAUCUGACAGAGACACUAUCAUGAACGAAUUCAGAUCGGGUUCCUCUCGUAUAUUGAUUGCCACUGACUUGUUGGCCAGAGGUAUCGAUGUGCAACAAGUGUCCUUGGUUAUCAACUACGACUUGCCUGCCAACAAGGAAAACUACAUUCAUAGAAUCGGUAGAGGUGGUCGUUUCGGUAGAAAGGGUGUUGCCAUCAACUUUGUCACCGAUGAGGAUGUUGGUAUGAUGAGAGAGAUUGAAAAAUUCUACUCGACUCAAAUCGAGGAGAUGCCUGCCAACAUUGGUGAGUUGUUUAACUAA